UAUACUUCUGCUCUGAUCGGUGAGGCGCCAUGACGGACCGAUACACCAUCCACAGCCAGUUGGAGCAUCUGCAAUCCAAGUACAUUGGCACUGGCCAUGCCGACACCACCAAGUGGGAAUGGCUGGUGAAUCAGCACCGUGACUCCUACUGCUCCUACAUGGGCCACUUUGACCUGCUCAACUACUUUGCCGUGGCUGAGAAUGAGAGCAAGGCCCGAGUGCGCUUUAACCUGAUGGAGAAGAUGCUGCAGCCGUGUGGGCCGCCCAUGGACAAGCCGGAUGAGUCCUAGAGACCGGGCAGUGACUGGUGCCAUGGACUUGAUGCUCUCCUCCUCGUGGUCGGGGGAAGGGGGGGGGGGGGGCUUCUUACGUUUAGUUCCUUACGUGGAUUUUACAUUUCUUUUUAUUGUAAUAGAAACGUAUCAAUCCUGCUCAGUGCAGACCAAGCAUUUUUAUACUGAAUUAAAGCCCCUUUCUGUUCAAAAAAAUAAAAUAAUAAUAAUAAAAAAAAUCUGUUC